AUGUCGGUGACUGUCUCGGACUGCGUUGCACUGCUUAUAUCCUGCGUUCUCUUCAAGACCUAUCUUGACAAGCGACGAAACCCUUCAGGCCUACCCCUUCCUCCUGGUCCCACGCGCCUCCCCAUUCUCGGUAAUUUCUUGGAUGUGCCAGUGCGAACAUCCUGGGAAACAUAUGCUAGUUGGGCAAAGCGUUAUGGAGACAUCAUGUCUCUCGAAGUGUUCGGGGAAACUAUCGUAGUCAUCAACUCUAUGGAAAUUGCACGCAACCUCUUGGAAAAACGAGGCGCAAUCUAUUCUGACCGCCCCGCAAUCACCGCAUAUGAAGUCAUGAAAUAUGAUCACUUCAUCACUGUUACAAGAUAUGGUCGAUACUGGAAGAACUGUCGGAAGAUCACAGAUCACGUUCUCCGACAGAGUGCUGCAAUGGCUUACAGAUCGAUGCAGACCCAGAAAGUCGCAGAAUUCUUGGCAAAGCUAGUCUAUACGCCUGAUCAGGUUCUCUAUCAUAUCAAACAUCUCUCCGCGUCCGUUGUUAUGUCUUUUACUUACGGGCUGGAAAUUGCAGACUUUAACGACCGAUAUGUCGCUCUCGCAGAGACCACUAAUAUCAGAGGGACUGCCUCCAUCUUACCCGGUGCCACACACCUCAACACGUUCCCAUUCUUGAAACACCUACCAACAUGGCUACCGGGAAUGAGCUUCAAGAAAAAGGCUCUGAUCGCUGCAGAGGAAGUUCAGGAAGCUAUCAACGCUCCUUUUGAUUUCGCCGUAUCUGAAUUUCAAAAGGGGACCGCAGAAUCAUCCUUUGUUCUCCGAAGCCUGGAAUUAUCCUCUGAAACAGAUGAUACCGAGAUCAGUGACGAGGUUAUCAAGAAUACCGCAACUGGUAUCUAUUUAGCCGGUGCUGACACGACAAUUUCCAUAUUAUCAACCUUCUUCCUGGUCCUCGCUCUGCAUCCAGAAAUUCAAACACGUGCUCAAGCGGAAAUUGACACGGUCGUAGGACGAGAGCGACUCCCAGAAUUUGAGGAUAGACCUCGCAUGCCCUACAUCGACGCUAUCUGCCGAGAGCUUUUGCGAUGGAAGAUGGUCACGCCUCUGGCUCUUCCGCAUGCGACCACAGAGGACGAUAUAUAUGAGGGGUACUUCAUCCCCAAAGUAACAUAUCGCAUUCCCUGUUCAUUUACCCUUGUUCGACAUCAUAGCAGGUCUAUACUCCAUGAUCCGGCCGUCUAUCCCGACCCAGACACCUUCCGACCUGAACGGUUCUUGGCGCCUGACGGUUCGCUUGUUGAGGAUCCCAACCUUAUAUCUGCCUUUGGGUUUGGAAGAAGAAUCUGUCCUGGUCGAUUUUUUGCCGACGCCUCUAUAUGGACCGUCGUGUCCUCAGUCCUCUCUUCGUUCACCGUCAGAAAGGCAACGGACGCACGCGGAAACGAGAUACCUGUCAAAGGGGAAUAUAGCGAUGACAGGGUCCUAUGCCACCCCUAUCCGUUCAAAUGCUCCAUUGCGCCUCGAGAUAAGUGGGCUGAAGGGUUGAUAUCCCAGACUGCGUCUAAGGCCUGA